GGGAGCUUCAGAGUCUUGGAGACAGCUUACAAGCUGGUCAAGACUUGUAUAGAGCAUGGUUGCGUCGCCAUCAGCUUGAAAGCCAUCGAGGCGGUAGCCAUGCGGCUGGAUGCACUCGAGCACUUGGAGACAGAUGUUGAUAAAGCGAGGUUGUGCCAGUGUAACGUGCAUUAUUAUGCGCUUCGGGUUCACUUGGCGUGGCUGCAAGGCAGACCGGACAUUGCAGAUCAUUUGUUUCUCAAACUCCCUGAAUCGAUCACUGGCGAUACCUGUGUUCUGGAUGUUUGCUUCAAGGUUGGGAGCUUGGCGCUAUCUUGCAGUCAGUAUGAUGUGGCGGCGAAGUGGCUGGAAAGGGGGUGGGAGCAAUGCAAGCUGCUUGCUUCUAGUUCUGAAGGAUCUGAUGUAGCUUCGCAGGAUAAGGAGCUUCUGAUUCUGCAUGCUUUAGUGCGAGCGAAUACUCACCUUGAUACGCAUGACUCGAAAGACAAUCUUGUGAGAACCCUCGGUCACUUGAAAUCUCAGUAUAGUAAUAUGUUUUCAAUUCGGCUUCUGGAGCUUGAAGUCCUUGCUCGAGGGAACAGAGAUGUGGAACGGUACUUCCAAGGUGAGGUGUCCCACUAUCAUUUAGAGCAGUCACUGAUAUUCUUGGCAGUACUACAAGACGCCUUGAAGGUGGUAGAUGCCUCAGAAAGCAGCUUCAGGAUGUGCGGGUAA